AUGGCUGAACUCUCGACCUUAACCCCAUCACCACCUGCAUUGGGUGAUCCUCAUGCAGCUCCAUCCAUCCCUCCGUCCUCGUCAGCACUCCCUGCUACCAACAGCCCUGCUCCAGAGUCUAUCAGGGAGAUGCCUACACCCAAGUCUUCCCUCUACAAUGACAAAGCUUUAACUGGAAACACUCCUACAGCACAGUCAGGGAGUUCACCUGUGACAUCCCACCCACCUUUGAGUCCUCCCAAACUCACUGCUGAGACACCCCUUACAUUAUUGGUACACGAGGUUGCUCCUCUGAGAGAGGAAUCAGCAGGGAAAGAUACAGAGACUGGAGCUAAUGUUGUUAAGCAGGAAGCAAUGACCAGUGACACACCAGCUGCAGAGCUCUUGAAUACUGAAACAGAGAGUCCAGCACUGUCAAGUAAGCCAUCAGCUCAGAGUGAAGUGCAACAGGCAUCCCCCUCUCCUGAUCUCAAUCCUGGUCCUAAUCUCUACCCCAAUGUGCACGUCACCCACAAUCCAAAUCCUGUCAUGGAUGAUGGUCAGUUUACAGCGGGCCAACCCCAGAUCAAUACAGCUUCCAUUCCCAUGCCUGCUCCGCCAGCUACCGCAGAUUCGGCAGCAACAGCUGAAGAGGAGAAACCUCAGCCACUUCAACAAGCACAAACCCCUCAAAGUCAGCCUCCUCCUCUCUCCCCAAAACCUGACACUCCCAGUGACGUAAAGAAAGCAGAACUGCCCAGCACCCCCACCAGAGCUGAACACCCCAGCCCUACUGUCCCACUGAUCCACGAGCCAGCUUCUGCCCUCCCGCUACCCAACCCCAACCCACGGCCAGCUCCUGACACCCUUAGCUACCUAGAGUCAGCCAGCCUGAUGUCGGGGACAUUGGAGUCUCUAUCUGGGCUUGGAGAGGAUGGUAGCUCUGUGGGCUCAGACUCAGAGAUCAAUGGCAUGGCUGUCAGACGCACUGAUAAAUAUGGCUUCCUUGGUGGGAAUCAGUACAGUGAAAGCGGUGAAAAGGAAGUUCGAGUUGAAGUCGCCAGGCAGAGGGAGGUAAAAUGGCUCGACAUGUUCCACCACUGGGAUAAAUGGGUCAAACAUCGCUUCCAGAAGGUGAAGUUGCGCUGCAGGAAGGGGAUUCCAUCUUCUCUCAGAGCCAAAGCCUGGCAGCUGCUGUCCAACAGCCAAGAGCUGCUAGAAGCAAACCAUGGAAAAUUUGAGGAGCUGGAGAGAGAGCAGGGAGAGGCUAAAUGGCUGGACAUUAUAGAGAAGGAUCUCCACAGACAGUUCCCCUUCCAUGAGAUGUUUGCUGCUCGUGGUGGCCAUGGGCAACAGGAUCUGUACCGUAUCCUGAAGGCCUACACCAUCUACAAGCCUGACGAGGGCUACUGCCAGGCCCAGGCUCCAGUGGCUGCAGUGCUGCUCAUGCACAUGCCUGCUGAGCAAGCUUUUUGGUGCCUCGUACAGAUAUGCGAGAAGUACCUUCCUGGCUACUACAGCGCUGGACUGGAAGCAAUCCAGCUGGAUGGUGAGAUCUUCUUUUCCCUGUUACGGCGUACAUGUCCAAUGGCGUACCGUCAUCUUAAGAAGUUCAAGAUUGACCCGAUUCUCUACAUGACUGAGUGGUUCAUGUGCAUCUUCUCACGCACCUUACCAUGGGCCAGUGUACUGCGUGUAUGGGACAUGUUCUUCUGUGAAGGAGUGAAGAUAGUUUUUCGUGUGGGCCUGGUUCUCCUGAAACAGAUGCUCGGCUCAGUGGAUAAACUUCGGGAACUACAAGGCAUGUAUGAAACCAUGGAACGUUUAAGGAACAUCUCACCUGACACUAUCAGAGAAGACAUAUUGGUACAGGAGAUUAUCACGCUCCCGGUGACGGAGUCGCUCAUAGAGAGGGAGUGCAGCAUCCAGGUGAGGAAGUGGAGGGAGUCUAGAGGGGAGCUGACACACCAGCCAGGCCGCCGCCUCCAUGGCACCAGGGCCAUCUACGAGCACAAACGCCGUGCCGCCUCCAUCAGCUCCGGCGGCAGCUUCUCUUUCCUGGGAAGCCCAGUCCCUCCGCCAGGACCCCUCAGGGCCUCUUCCAGCCUCCUCUCACUCCCUGGCUUCCGUAGGUCCAAGAAUCCUUUCCACUCCCAAACCAAGAAGGGCUCCUUCUCAGGGCCAUCAGGAUUCGAAGGCCCACCGCUUCAGUCUCGGCCUUCAGUAACAUCAAGCCCAGAACAAGGCCCCAGCCAUAAACCCCCCAUUCCUCCAGGGGCAGGUCAGAGGGCACAGGCACCCCACAUUCAGAGCCCCUUAGUCGGGGGUGCAGCCGGCUCAUCACGUGGGGCUGCUCAGGCCUCAGACGACACCUCAGCACAGGGCCAGCCUGCUGCUGCGGCCUCAACGCAAAGCACAGCACCACCACCCAGCACCCUGUCCCCCUCUCCUAAGGUCGUCUCAGAGCAAAUUACUCAUACUAUCCCCUCUCCUACAGCAAACAACGCCCCUCUGCCACUAAUUUCAGAUUCAAAAAAAGAAGCGGCGCCCGCAGCCGAUGUCACAACUGGAGAGGAAGAAGUAAAGAAGAAGAAGAAGAGCAAAGAAGACAAGAAGAAGGAAAAGGAAGACGAGAAGAAGAAAAUGAAGGAAAAGAAAGAAAAGGAAAAGGCUGAAAAAGAGAGGCUCAGGAAGGAGAAGGAGAGGCUAGAAAAAGAGAAGAAGAAAGGGGGGAAGAAAAAGGACAAAGGGGGAGGAGAAGCUGAGGACAAAAAUGGAGCUGCAGCAGCAAGAGAUUCGGCCUAGUUUCCCACCCUGUCAUUCCAGGAUAAUGAAAAGGGACACUGAACAAAAAAAGGUCAGGGGAACAAAAGACCCCCAGAAACAGAAGAGUGAUUAAUAAAAAAAAUGGGAUGGCUUCCUGUAUAAUGCAUCAUUUCAAAGACUUAAUGUAGUCCCAGGACUAUGGUGGAGAAAACUGGAUCAUGGUUUUAAUAGCACCUCGGGGGGCUUUUAGCCCUUUGCGCAAUGCUUUCCUUUUUCACCGAGUUUUAGUAUGAUGGGACAAAUUUCCUUUUACAACUGGAGCACGGACUGUGAAUCUGAACGCAGUCAUUAUCUUUUAGUUUUUUAAAUUCUUUUUGUCUUUUUUUUUUUUUUAAGUCAGAUUGAAGGCAGUGGUUAGAAAAACUCGAGGGACUGUUGAGCUGAAGGGUUGCAGAAAUAGUUCCGGUGCCAUAGAGUAUGUAAAUAAAAAGUAUCCUGAUAGCGCUUCACAAGCCCCAUCAUUUCUCAUGCGUGCACAGGCUAUCUGGAUGCCUGUGACAACAAGAAAAGAAAACCCAUUGAAGUCGUCUCAAACACAGGCACUGAAGGCAGAAAUGCUAGAAAUGUUGUUGAGGAUGUAUUUAUUGUCAUGUUAAAUGUUGUGAGUGAGUGUGUGCCUUAGUAGUGUAGUGAAAUGUGUUACUGUUCUAUGUGUGGCCUCCCUGUUUUCAGUCUCCCUCUGGCUGCUUUUUUUCUCUCAAGUCAAACCAUUGAAUCCUGUGUGGUUCUCCCUAAAUUCUCUAGUCAGUGGAAUAAAUCUGAAGGGGGACUGGAGGAAUGUACACAGAUGAAAAGAGGGAGAUGAUUAAGCAUAUGACCACCAUGCAGUGGUGGUUGUUUUUUAAUGAAUCAUUUAUGUGUGUUUUUGUCUCUGACAAACGACACACGGGGAGCAUUUUAUUGUUUUUAUUUCAAUUAAUUCAGUUUAAAUUUCUUGUGUCUGAGGUCGAUUUUGGCAAAAAGUGGGGUGCAACAUUAUUGAUAAAGUGGUUGCGUGAAAACAUGCAAUACACAGCAGUGACUGUGCACAAGUCCUGCAAACCAAAUCUGUAAAAUUAGUAUUAUUUUGCUUUUAUUUGCGAACAAAAUCCUAUGUGUGUGUUUUAUUUAGCCAAAUUUCAGGAUGGGUAAGAACUUAAGUUCACGAACCCAUUAGAAUGUGAUUUCAAGUAUCUUAAGAGAAUGAAGGAUGAUUUUUGCACUUGUGAUUCUGUCACAAAGUACCACUGAAGUCGACCACUCCAUUAGUGCAGUGACGUAGAAAACGAGAGUCUCAGCAGGCCGGUUUCUUAGUUUGAAAUCUUGCCUCGAGGACCUAUAGGAAGCCACUUGACUGGAGGUGCCAGGUGUGCCAAUGUAGCAUUAACCUCUGAUCUCUGACCUUUGGGCUCUGAUGUAUUUAUGUACAAAGUGGUUAAUUUAAUCAAAUAUAGUAUAUUAUGAAUUAUUAUUAUUAUUAUUUUGGAUCUGACUAUUUUUCUAUGUGAGUAAGAGACACCUGGUUGACUGGAACGAUGGCCAACUACACACAGUGUAGUUGCAGGGUGAUCAUUUAAGUGUUUUAUUUUUAAUUUCUCUUCUUUUUUUUUCUUUGCACGCUAAGUCCUCUGCUUUUACACAACAGACUUGACGCAUGUUUUUGCUAUUAUUUAAGUUUACUGUCACCGUUGGUUUGGUCAACUAUAGGUUCACGAGUCUCCAGUUUACUGAAGUGCAGUAUUAAAUAGAUUUGGGUGGAAAAAUGGGCCUCCGACAGAACAAACUGAGACGAGUGAUUCAGACAGAAGCUUUGGGAGUUGAAGGUCUUAAUCGUACUGUAUAAUAUAAUAAGAGGUGAUUUAUGAGCUUUGAAUAGUUCUUUAAUUCGAGAUCUUAAGUAUGUCUGUCUCACCAAAUUGUGUUGUAACAUUCAUAAUGACUUACGGACUAACUCCCUAACCUAUUUACACUCAGUGUUCUGUACUGUAACAUAUUUAUGCAUACAUUAAACUGCACUGAACCCCAUCAGUAUACGAUGAAUAGUGCCAGGUAGUUAGUGUAAAACCAUUUGAUGGCAAAAAAAACAUUGAUACUCUUUAACUGUACUGUUUUUGUAGUUAAGGAUUAGAGGGACUUUCGUGUAAUUGUAGCCAACAUGUCCUACAUAUUCAUUGUUUUCACUUAUUUCAGGUCUUUACGUGGCUGUCAUUAAAUAUAUAAAUAUCACACACUCCCUCCCUCCCUCCCUCCCUCCCCCGAUAUUGACGCCAGUGCAUUCAUAGGCACAGAUUAGUGUAGUGUUAGUGAGGAUAGGCCUGAACACAUCUAUGCAAACAAUCCACCAUCAUGACUGUUGAUGGUGUGUGGUAACAGCAGCACUGAUUUCACCUCUGAUCGUGAUGGUCAGAUUGGUGCCAUGGGGAAAAUGAAAUUUGUGCUUCAGUUUCACUGAGCACACUCUCAUGCCCGUGGACUUCAAUAUUUUAUGAGCAAUACGUUCUCGCAGCUCAUGUCUCGAUGAUAAUGUCAUUUCUCUUACUUCAGAGGGCUCUAGAUGACGUGAUGAUCAAUUUAAUCUCUCACUAGCUUGUGGAAUCGGCACCUAGCGCUGCAAUAUUGAGGAUGAAUCAAGGAAUCCAUUUCUUUCAGGUCAUUUGUGCAUUUCUGCAUUGAUCUGAAAUUGUCAUUCUUGAUUACAGUUGAUUGGGAAUGACUACCCACUAAUGCAUAUAUAUGAAGAAGAGUUUCAGCUGUUUUUCUCCCCAUGCCGUUACGUCUUUUGUGUUUUUAAGUUUACAUUGUCACUCUCUCUGGUGAAAGUGAAAUAAAAUCAUAGCUAAUUGAAUUCAUUCCUUCAGAUCUACAACUGAUGUAUUUAAUUGAUGAUGAUAAUGACAUUUGUGAUGAGUAAUAAACCAUAAUAUAUUAAAUCA